AAACUAUGGAGCCUUUCUGGUGACAGGAGAAACGCCCGGGUGUAACCAAAGGGAUCAGGCGCGGAUGGAACGGGAGCUGGACGUGGGAUUUCUGAGGCUAAACCUCUUUGGGUAAACAGAAGGAAUGAGUUACCUGCGGGACGGACACGACACGCCCCGCGCUCAGGUGCAACAAAUAGAGGACCUCUUGGCCCCCGCUGGCCCCAGCUUUCCAGCCGUCCUUCUGCUCUCAUGUGCGCCUGGAAGCGCGCGCUCUCUUCGGUGUCAACUUUCAGAGUAAUGAGAGAAGAAAGAGGUUUUGGGAUUUGGAGGCCAGUUGAAUGUGAGCUGUGAGGUCGGCGCUGAGAUUCCAACAUGGACGUCAAGAAGGACGGAGGAGAAGGCUCGUGGUCGCCGUCAGGGAUGCCCUCUGCCCGUCCCAGCCCCAACUGCUAUAAGGCUAUCGUCAUCACCUGCAUCUUCCUCUUCCUCAUCAUCGGCAUCUUUAUAGGCCUCUCUGUAGCGUACCUGGUGCCGGAGCCUCAACAUUUUUUGGAGACGGURGAGCUUAAAGGUCUGAAGUACGACCCGGCUCUGCAGGAUGAGAACUCUGGCUUCUCCGUACUUCUUACAGCAACUUUAAAGUCCAAGAUUAAAGACAUCUUCAUGGCCUCCUCUGCAUCAGAUAACUUUGAYGAUUGCAACAUUGUUUCGUAUAGUAAUAAUGACGGUGAUGUGAUGGCAACAUUAAGACUGGUCUUCAAGGUGUCCAAACUCCAGCAGUAUUCAGAAAACUUUGUCCAAGACCUGCUGAGAACCGGGUUCAACUCAGCGAUGCACGGAAAACGUCUAAAUGUGCCRGGGUUUGGACAGAUCGGUGCUAUCAUCAUGUUAGGAGCCACCAGGAAGUCCUUUUAUGUCAUUGGAGAUGAGAUGCUAGACUGUGGCACACGUCCAGCCAUGGGUAGUCGAGUGGUGGGGGGAGAGGAUGCUCGGCAGGGGGAGCUGCCUUGGCAGGUCAGUCUGAGGUACCACUGGCGGCACACCUGUGGAGCCUCCAUCGUCAACAAGAACUGGCUCGUCAGUGCGGCUCACUGCUUUGAAGGCGCCACUGAUCCCAGCGAGUGGACCGCCGUGGUUGGGGCCAAACUUGUAAGUGGUGCAGACUCCGAAUUCAAAGCCUUCAACAUCAAGUCCAUAUUUGUGAAUCCAGACUAUGACCCCGUGGCCACAAAUCAUGAUGUUACCGUCCUGGAGCUAGAGACCCCUCUGACCUUCAGCUCCUACGUCCAGCCUAUCUGCAUUCCCUCUUCGUCUCAUGUCUUUGAGCCAGGUCAGAACUGCAUUGUGUCUGGAUGGGGCGCGCUGCAGCAGUUCAGCUUCAAGCUGCCCACCACGCUGCAGAAAGCAGUGGUGAACAUCAUCGACUCCAAGGUGUGCAAUCAGUCGUCUGUGUACAAAGGUGCUAUUACUCAGAACAUGAUGUGUGCUGGAUUCCUGCAGGGGAAAGUGGACGCAUGUCAGGGUGACUCCGGGGGGCCUCUGGUCUGUGAAGGAGCUCUAGGGAGGUUCUUCCUGGCRGGUGUGGUGAGCUGGGGCAUGGGCUGCGCACAGAUCAACAGACCAGGAGUUUACGCCCGCGUCACCAAACUCAGAAGCUGGAUCCUGAARCACACAAACCCAAGCUUGGUCAACGAACAGCCACAGCUGGCUCCCAUCACAGCAGCUCCGGUGACCAAGAGGCCAACUGAUAACAUGCAAGCGCCCAGAACCGUAGCCAUGGAUGAGCCCGUACAAGCAAUGUCUGCCGUGAACUGCAGUGACUACUUCCAGUGYAGCUCCAGUUUGUGCAUCAGCAAGGUCAACCCGGAGUGUGACAGCGUCCCCGACUGCCCCGAUGAAGCUGAUGAAAGAAACUGCG